CUAAGAUAUGUAGUAUAGUCAACCUACAAGUUAUAUCACUAACAAUAAGUUGAAACAUAUGCAAUCUAACCAACCUACGUGUUAUUUUACUUACAAUAGGCCAGUCUAUGAGCUAGUAAUGAGAAGCUAAUCAAGUUGGUGUGUGAUCCAUACCAUCUAGUUUACUUAUGAUCUUAAAUGGAAUUAAUCUUUGAGCCACAAUAUCAAGUUAUUUCGUGAAUUUUGAUGGAGCUAACUCUCUAGCCACACUAUCGAGUAAGCUCAUGAGCUUUAAACGAGCUAUCUCAACAAGCCGAGUUAACUUGAUCGAGUUGAAGAGGCUCUGAAUCGUAUUUAACUCAUUAAAAAAUGAGUAAGCUCAUGAGCUAGCUUAUUAAAAAUCAAGCCAAACAUCGAGCGAGUUUUAAUCGAUCUGAGCUCCAUGCCACUCACGAGUAACUUAGCUCAUUUGCAGGCCAAGUAGUAAUUAUAUGUUCUCCAAUCGACAAGGAGUGACCUAACGCACCUGCCAGGAUAUGACCAACAAACUCUAUAUCUUAGCAACCAACACAAGUGUGGAUGAGUAUUAGGUGUCGUAUGAAUUAGUCGGAUGACCAUCUGUGAGUCAAAAUGCAUAAAGUCCUUCCUAAUCUCCAAUUCCCAAUCAAUUUUGAAUAUAUGCGCAAAUCGAGCCAGCUCUGCAUGGGUGAUAGAACCCUCCUCCAAAAGGUUCACUGAGAAUGCGUGAAUUAAGCGACCAUCAUUUUCCCUCAAGACGUUGCUUGUCGUCGUAUCAAAAGAAGAGUGAACAAUCGAUAUGUCAUUGUUGAUGCUUGCCUAGUGCUGUGAUGGUCUCCAGCGGAUUGGCCAUCAUUCUACUAUCCUCUCUAAUAUAGAAGACUUCUCUCCUUCUUGCGGGCUAACAUAGUGUGUUGCCUUAGCCCUUUGAUGUGCAACUGAAGUUGUGGUCUCGAGCUUGCGUACAAACUUAUGACUAUCUUGGUUCUUCCAUAGAAGCCAAUAUGUGCCUGCAAAAAAACUCAAUACCAAUACUCUGAAUCUGGCCUGAAAUGUAAUGCAUGAUCCGUUUAUUUAGGUUCUCCACGAAGAACUUCGCAUUUGGUUCGUUGUUUAGGAAAGUUGGUCACACAACCAGGGCAUAUGGGCACUUUAUAAUUAUAUAAAACAUUGUUUUUUAUGCUCCCCGCAAAUUGUACAUGCCACAAUUGUUGUCAAAUGCCUCUUUUGGCGCUUAGAAUUGGUGAGAAAGUGUGGUUGCGUGGCCACCCAACCACACUUGUUCGGUUUGUGGCCUCGUUUCUUUCACAGUUGCUUCGUGCAACAUGCACUCCCUUUCUCCUUCUGUUCCACCCCUAUCUCCAUGGGUCCUCCAAUUCUUCAGUUAUAUUCCCCUUCCUGGCUUGCCAAUUGUUUGAGCCAAGAUUCCCUUCUCUUUCCUAUGGCGCCCCAGUCGUCAAUUUCCUCCACGUGCAAGGCGCCUAGCGUUCUACAUGUGAAGCGCACAACAGACUUAGGUGGUCCGUUAGCACUCGGACAAUUAGUUAGCACCACGAUUUAGAGAGAGAAGUAGUGGAAAGUUUAGCGAGAAAAUCCAACCUGAGUAAAUGAGGUUCACCUACCGCCUCACGUCAUCACCGUAACAAAUGCACCGUACUUUUUUAUCACCAUGCGCCUCAACCAUCUGACACCGUUUUCAGAGGUCCAAGGCGCAUGACCUCACUUCACUGAACCCUCCGUAUGCUUUCGACCGUUGUGUCUCCUUGUCCUUAUGCACCCCGUGUCAGAAGUUGCAUCCCACCCAUUCAAGCUAUCAAUUGUCCACUUGGGCCGAGCCCUAUCCUCAUUAUGCUCGCAUCUCGGGCCUUGACUGCCCUUUUGGGCCCUUUUCUCUACCUAUUGUCAUACCCCAACAAUUAUCAAAAUAUAAAUGAGAAACCAAAAAAGUCUAUUAAUUAAGUGGCUAAGUACAUUUUUUAAACUCCUUCUGAAAUUACAAAUAUAUAAAGCAAAAGUAUUAAAUAAGGUAAAUAAUUUCGAUUUUUGGCAGAAAUAUAAAAUUUUGAGAUAAGUAGCCAGAGACAACUAAAGAAACUUGUCCAAAUACAUUUGUACUUUCACUAUGCUUAAUGUGUAUGCAUAUCUAUUAUUAUGGUGUGUAAUCUGGAAAUUGCCUCUAUCUACACAUUUGCCCACAAUUUUUUUCAUUUUCCAUCAGAAUUAUAUGAAUUCAUUUUAGAAUUUCAGAAAGUUAAUAAAUAUUUUUAUUUUUUAGUAGACUCUAUAUUUGUUUGUCUUUUGAACUUAUCAUGACAAUAAUUAUUUGGAAACCAGUCUAAGAAUAAAAGGCAAAUAACAUAAACCUUACAAUUUUGAGAAAGAAAAAGAUAAUCACGCCAGCUUCCCAGGGAGAUAAGAUAAUGUACCAUAAAUAUUUUUUUCGUUAAAUAAUAUACCAUAAAUUUUAAUUUGCAGGAAAUAUGAAUAAAAAAAUAUAGAAGGACAGGCAAGUCAAUUCACAUUUUAUGUUUAAAAAUGUAUUUGAAUUAAUAGAAAUAUUUUCAGUAAAAAAAAAUCAUCUGCGCAUAAAUUGUAACAUUGUUAUUGAUAAAAUAAAAAUAUUCUCUAUAACAAUAUCCGUCUGCCAUGCAUCAAAUUUUAAUUGAAAUAAAACUUGGUUAAUUCCGUUUUAUCAAAAUUUCAUUGAGAUUAUGCUUUGAUCAAUACUUUGUAAAUUUAUAUAGAGAGAACUAGCUGUAGUUAUUUUCGUAACCUGUUAUUUAGUUUAGUGCAUUGUUGUUUACGGCUUGCAUUGACCCCAUAUUUCAAACCAAAAUUAUUUAUGAAGCAAUCUAUUAAAAAUUUACGAUCAUAAUAAUGCGUGUAAGCUACACGCGUACUUGAAAAAUAUGCUCUAAGUUUGAAAUAAUCUAUAUUUUGUGAAGUGUAUUAUUGAUUGGUAUUUGCAUUGAACAUAAGCUAUUAUAUAGAUUUCUUAUGAUGAUUGCAGGGGUAUUAACUCAUACGCGAAUAGGAAAUCGAUGAGUGAAUCGCCUAGAACAAACGGAAGUAUAACUUUGACCAACUUAUCACAACUUAUCUCGUUAUAUGUGUGCCUGUAUUAAAUUUAAAACUAGAAUUGCGCUCGUGUCAUGUACUUAACUUUCAUAUAUGACAAUUAUAUUUUAAAAUUAUUACCGAGAAUGAAGUAUUACCAAUAAG